CAAUCAAGAUGCCGAUAACGACAUCACGCCUUGUAGUAUCGAUAGAUAUAGUAAAAUAAUAAUAAACAAAAAUUCAUAGCGCUGAACUAAAAACUAAAUUUAAGACCAUGGCGUGGACUGAGUUAUAAAAUUGGAAGUCUACCAAGGGAAUAGGAUCGAAAUACUUGCACAGGAAAACUCAGGAAUUGGCAAUAUAACAGCGAAAAAAAGAAGUCUCCCAUUGAUUUUUCGCUAAAUACCAGAUAUCUUGAAUACAAUAAAAAAGUGUGGUAAGAAGUACUGGAAUUCGGCCUGCUAAUCAGGAAAAUGAGUGGUGACGAAAGUGGGGAAGAAAAACACAUCCUGGACUUGUCCAAGAAGAAGCUGAAGAAGGUGCCCAAGCAGGACGAUGCGCACAGCAUACGGCAGCUCAUCCUGGAUGAGAACGAACUGCAAAAGAUCGACAACAUAGACUCGUACCAUAAGAUUGAAACUCUCUCCUUGGCCAGGAAUCAAUUGCUGCGGAUGUAUGGCGUCUGCAGACUGCACUGCCUCCGUGAACUGAACCUCUCCUUCAAUGGCAUACUCUCCAUCGAAGGUCUUAAAGAGUGCAUCCAUCUUCGCGUAUUAAACCUGGAAGGGAAUAACGUCAAGACCAUCGAGCACCUAAACAUGAAUGUUAAUCUGGAGUCCCUGAAUCUGGCCGACAACAGCAUUGGCAGCAUUUCGGAUAUGUCCUUUUUGCGCAAUCUUAAGGAGCUCUACUUGCACGGAAAUCGCUUGACGCACCUCAGGCAGUGCGAUAAGUAUUUGCCCACCUCUCUGGAAACCCUGACGCUGGCCAAGAACAGCAUCAACGAUCUCAACGAGAUCUGCACGCUGUCACAUCUGAGUAGUCUGCUUAGCAUCUCCAUUGCGGAUAAUCCCUGUGUGAUCAUGACCAACAGCUUGGAUGGCUUUGACUACCGACCCUUCGUUUUGAAUUGGUGCAUGAGUCUAAAGUACAUCGACGGCUAUGUGGUAGAUCCCAUCGAAAGUCUAAAGGCGGAGUGGCUUUACAGCCAAGGACGUGGUCGCCAAUUUAGAGUGGGUGAACAGCAGGGCUUGGCGAAAUAUCUCAGUUCGAUGUGCCCGCUGGUGGGAAAAGCCCUUGAGAACGAAAACGAUAGGAAACUGCGCUUGAUUCUUAGUAAGGCGCAACACCAUCAGCGGCAGCUGCAGGAGGAGAUUAUGGAUAAUGCAAAUAGUUCUGCCAGCACUUCGCCCUCAUCCCAUCGCAAGAAGCCCACAAGUCGCAUUCAGUCGCCUAGAUUCUCCCGUUUGAGCGGGCGCCAGGGAUCACCGGAAUCUAUGGCGAAUAGUUAUCAUGGGAACAGCAGCAACAACAGCGUCGUCAGCGACAACGGAUCUGCGAAUCAUUCGCUGCAGAUGAGCAUUUCGCUGAUUGAAAAUAUCAAGAACGAUGGCGACGGCUUCUCGCUAGCUGGCAGCGGAAUGUCCAGCAGUGUGACCACCAAGACAUACAAUUCCACGGAGUCCACUCCAAGAAAUAUAACACCAAAUCCUUACAAUGAUCAAACAUUCAUCAGUCAAACUCCUUCUGGCGGUCCCUUGGCGGCAGCCUCGAAGAUGGUCCCUGUUCCGGAGACCCUAAUGAGUCCGGAUGUUUGUCCCGCCGCCGUAGCUCAAAGGGUUACGGUUACCGCUCUGAACUCGCAACUGCACAAAUCCAAGGGCAACAAGAACAAAGACAACAAACUGAACUUACCGAGAGUGCGAAGCCCGCAGCUAAAGAGGAACCAGAGUCCAACUAGCAGUCCGCGGAGGAUGGCCACCAAAUGCGAUAAAGUGCAGCAGCAGCAGGAAAAGUUGCAGACGUCGGCAGUAAUGGUGGAUGCCGGUGGCUUUAGCACCGAUGACGAUGGCGAGCAGAUCAACACCGAGAAACUAAAGGCAAUCAGGAAGAUGGCUGCCCAAAAGCAGCAACAGAUGCAACAAGAACAACUAAAGCAGCAGGUAGACAACAGUCUGAACUGUGGGGAUCGGUUGAUCGAGCACGUGACGGAAUCCUCGGCAGUUACCAUACAAAAAAUGUGGAGAGGAUAUCACACACGCAAGAAGACCAAUAAGGAUAUAGCCGAGCGCUUGCAGCGACGACGCACUCAGGAGUAUAUUGAACAACUCGGCAAGGACAUGCUAUUGACCAAGGCUCAACUCGAGAACGAGCGCAAGAUCCAGCAGCUGCAGAUGCAGGCUAUCAAUGCGCUAUGGAAAAAGGUGUCCACCAUGGAGGUGGAUCCGAAGGGUAUACCUGCGGCUACGGAACAGGGCGAGGAUUCUAACGGAGGAGGCUCUGGCCAUUUGAGCCUCGAUCAGAAUUCUGCCGCCGUGGUCAAUGAUUUGGCCAAAAGAUGCACCAUGCUCACCGACCAGGUGCAAAUGCUACAGAGCUCGAUUGGAACCAUCGUCAAUUGCCUCACUAUGGUGUGUAAUCUGCCACAGGACGCUAUUAAAAAACAGGCCGAGAUAAUUGAUUGUAGCUCCACUCAAACGGACUUGAUAGCCGUACACACACCCCAAAUCGAGGACCUCACCAAUUUUCCCUUUACCAAAACCAGACCCUCGACAUUGGCCCUGGAAUCCAAGCACGAAACGUUGGCUUGCCCCAAAAUCGAUGAGCUGAACGAUGUCGAUCUUAAGGAAACCGAGGACUUGGCUCAUCUUGAACAAGAUGCAUGAAAAAUCCCAGUUAAUAAAUGAGGAGUAUAAACGCUUUAAGGAUGGGUCUCAGCGCUUAUUAAUUCCUCCCGUAGGCUUUUGUGUAGCUUUUGCAAAAAUUUCUAGAUCGGUUACAACUUAAAAGUAGCAGCAGGCCACAAACACGAUUUUUUGUUACAUUAUUGAUAUGUAGUGAGGGAGAUUAAUGAAAAAAGUAAAUACAAAUUUUUGUAAAACACAA